CUACAAUUUUGUGAGCAUCUAGCUAGGAGUGACGGCUCAAGGCCGAUAGAGGACAGCACGAAACAGUUGCUCGUUAAAAUGAAGCAGCAGAAGAAGAAGCUGAGGACGCGAAUCAAACCGAAGAAGAAGAAUUGAACGUUUCCCGGUAGUCGAUCCGCCUCAGGUUCUCUCUUAGGUGGCUUCCACUUUGUUUUGGAUUGAAAGCGAGGCAGCAAUGACGCGGAUAACGGUUUAAUUGAAUGGCUUAAACUAGCUAAUACGCCGCGAUGUUUGCCCAACAGUAGUGACGUGUUGGCGGCAAGCUCCGUCGAGAAUCAUCGCUGUAAGCAAAGGCCCAAAGGAAUGGAGGCGGGCUCGGCGGUGAUGGAAGAUAUCGUUUUCCGAGGAGUGCAGUUUGCAGUGAAGGUGGAGGUAGACAAAGGUGUGCUGCUGGUGGAAAUCUCUGAUUCAACAACAGCCGAUCAGUGGAAGGGAGAAUUCGAUCCGGCUUAUAUCGAGGACCUCACGCGGAAAACUGGAAACUUCAAACAGUUUCCCAUUUUCUGUAGCAUGUUGGAAUCGGCCGUAAGAAAGACAAGCGAUUCUGUCACACUGGACCUCUUGACCUAUGCUGACCUGGAGUUGCUACGAAACAGAAAAGCUGGCGUGGUCGGUCGCCCUCGAGGCCAUCCGCAGUCGUCUGCUCUCACCGCCAAACGCUAUCUCAUCCUCAUCUACACUGUAGAGUUUGACAGAAUACACUACCCUUUGCCACUACCCUACGUUGGCAAGCCUGACCCAGCCGCCUUGCUGAAGGAAAUCAGGACCCUGAAGGCGGAGCUUAGCACGCUCACCUCUCAAGGUGUCAACAAGUCUGCAGAGCUGGAAAUCCACCGCUUACGAGCAGAGCUGGUUCUAAUGAAGGAGGAGAAAGAGUCUAUCGCCAAAGUCCUGGAGCGAUUACAGCUCAGUGGAAGUGCUUCCACACCCGGCGCUCGACAGGACUGGAGGGCCCGAGACACGGUGAGGACGCUGGAGGAGCAGCUGCUCAAAGAGAGGGCCAAAAGUCAGCGCUCGGCCAGCAAGAGAUGCCAAGAGCAGCAACUCCUAAUGGAGCAGCUGGAAGAGCUAAGGGCCUCUGAGUGCAGUCUCCGACUUCACGUCAAGAGUCUGACCAAUGAGCUGGCACUUCUGCGGAGACGCUACAGUGACGUGGACUGUAAAGGCUGUGGUUGGUCGGCUUAUAGUACAUCAUUUGGACGCAGAGGCACACCACUUUCUGAAUGUGGAGAAAUUUAUCGCUCACUUAACCAAGUCAGGGGUCGCUCUGGAUCCAGAGAACGGAGAGGCGACAGAGGGCAAAGGUCAACGGAAAGAGGAAGAAGACCGGACUCCUCGGGGCCACGUGCUAUUGUAAGACGAGCGUCACCUUCUCCAACUGGGUCCCGAGCGCCUCGCUUUGACCCGACAGCUUACAUUCAGGACAAACAGCGUCGACUGAGAGAAACCGAACUCAAAAAACAGAUUAAGGUGCGGCGAGACAUGAUGGCGUCGCCGCUGGUCCCUGAGCGAGGGCGUUCCCGCUCCAGAGAAGCUUGUCCACAGAUGUGGCGCUCUGGCAGCAGAGGCAGGAGCUUGUCUGUGGAGCGGCGAGGGAGUAGGAACUCCUCCGAGAGCUCGUUAGUGGAUAUGGAGGAAAUGACCAAGACUCUGUUCAGGGGAAGGAAACAGACGUUCAAUGGGCCAAGUGUGGUGAGUGACAUGUUGUCAAGUCUUUUAAUGUUGACUUAUGUUGCAUGUGAUGACUGUUCACAGUCCAGAGGAGGUCUGAUGGCCAGGAAGCCAUUAAGCAGCACUCCAACGUACAGAAUGAAGGACAAAGAGAGCUCCAUCGACACGGGCGCUGAGCUGUCAGAAAUUGAUGCCAGGCUUCAGGCCCUGCAGGAGUACAUGAGGGACUUGGACACAGGCCACUGACAGAUGGUGCAUUCUGCAGACCAAAGUAGACGAGCUGUGUGGACCAGGAAGUGCAUUGCUUUUGCAGCUUUGGACACGACUAGUUUUUGUUUUCUCUCUACAUUAACUUAUGGUCAAGACCUCAAAAGUUCAGGAAAGAAAAGCCAUCACUGUGAUAAGUCUCCGGACUACUUUUUGAUGACUAUCUUUAAAUAUAACAUUUUUUCUUAACUUAAAGAAUUUGGGGUAUAAAAGUGUAUAUAUUCCAAAUAAGAGGUUUUGGCUGUUAUUUUUAUUUUAUUUUUAUUUUUUAUAUUGACCGAUAAUACUGAGUUCUUUACAGCACCAUGGAAUGGAGCUCUCUUCACUGUACAGACUUUACAUUUAUCAGUGUUAAAACACCAUUAAACAUUUAAAAAAAAAAAUAAAGGCUUGCCUGGUUAUAUUUUUUUAUGUGCUGCAUUUUUUUUUCUUUUAAUAUUUUACACACCAAAUAUACUGUAUUCAUCCAAGAAUUAAAGAGCUGUGCUGUUUCUGACACCUA